AUAUAAUAUAUAAUGCUCCUCAUGUCUCUAUUUUUUGGAUCUGCCACUGAACUCAUGCACUAACAUUUCUAUGUUGCAUACUUACUCUGAAUGUCACUUUUUUUUUUUUGGCAAAAACACACACACAUAUAUAAAACUAGAAAAUUUCUAUAAGAGUACAUUGAGGAAACAAUCUGAAAUAUCACUUUUGUUGGUUAAUUUUACAGGAAAAAAAAAAAUCAAGAAUGGAAGUGAAAAUCUUGUCCAGGAAGCUCAUCAAACCCUCAAUCCCAACCUCGCAGAAGAACAUCAAAGUUUCCUUCAUCGACCAACUAGCUCCUACGGAAUACUCCGGUUGGAUUUUCUACUACCCCGUCGCUAAAAACGCGAGCGACGAUACCACAAAUAUUGAGAGUUCCAACAGGCAAAAGCAAUUGGAAAAAUCCUUAGCAGAGACCUUAACAAUCUUUUACCCGCUAGCCGGCCGAUACAGCAAGGACGAGUGCUUGAUUGAGUGCAACAGCGAAGGCGUCGUGUAUUUGGAAACCCGGGUGGGCGCGCAGCUAGCACGUAUAGUCCACGGGGAGCCGGAGCUUCUCCAUCUUCUUGUCCCAGAAGACGAGGAAGUUGGUUCUUUCGGUAACGGGACUGCGAUCCCAGUACUAGCACUCCAAGUUAACGUUUUCGAGUGCGGGGGAAUCGCGAUUUCUGUUCAGAUAUUUCAUGGGAUUGGCGACGGAUUUACAUUGGCCGCGUUCUUCGAUGCGUGGACGAAAACCAGCAGGGGAGCAGUAGGUGAAAUAAAUCGCCUGAGUUUCGAGUUAGGCUCAGUCAUCCCGGCAAGAUCGUCACAAGAGCCCAAGUCCACACCCAGGACAAAGAAAGUAGUCACCAGGAGGUUCGUGUUCGAUGGAACAUCGAUAAAAUCCCUAAAAGCCAAAGUUGGGGGCACCAAAACACGGGUCGAGUUAGUGUCGGCAUUGAUUUGGAGGGCACUCAUCGGCGUGUCUCAAGCGAAACACGGGUACCUGAGGGCUUAUCAACUUGUCCAACCCACCGGCCUAAGACGGAAAAUAGGACUUCCGGAGUCCGAUAACGCUUUUGGAAACUUCUUCACACUGUCAACCGCACUGUUUCUACCCGGGCAGAGCAAGAUGGAGUUGCAUGACUUGGCAGGUCUUGCAGGGGAUGCAAUAAGAAACACCCUGGCAAGUUGCAAAGAAGCAAUGUUGGCAGGUGAGGAGGACUUUUUUCGCGUCGUUGACAAGCUUUUCGCAGAGCCAGGCGAGCGUUCCGUUGACGAGGAGGUUGAUUUCUACGCGAUUACUAGUUUGUGUAGGUUCCCGCUGUAUGAAGCUGAUUUUGGGUGGGGAAAGCCCGUCUGGGUAAGCACUUACGACAAACCCAGAGAGGUUGCAAACCUAUUUGACACAAAAUGUGGAAUGGGAAUCGAAGCAUGGGUGAGGUUAGAUGAACAGGACAUGCUUCAUUUCCAGCAAGACAAAGAUAUCAAAGCGUUUAGUUCCUAGUCGAACGAAGUUUACCAAAAAGCCGAUCGAUUUGUUCUGUUUCCUGGUCAUUCUGGGUAUUGAAAAAAAGAUCGAUGGAAAGCUUCUUCAACAAAUUGGUACGCAUGUCGUGGUGGAUGGGUUCGGUGGUGGCUAUGGUGGUGAGGCUGCGGCGAUCUUUGGUCGGGGCCGAGGCAGACGUUUUUGGGUUUUCUGGUUCCGUUUGGAGCUCGAUCUGACGUUAACAGGGUGCAAGGCACGUUGAUCCAGAGUCGGUUUUGCUCCUCAGGCGUUUUUCAUAUUUCGACGCUGGGGCAGAGCAUUUGUAGACAGCACCGAUGUUGCUUAGCAUUUCUGUGGAGUGGUGUCUUGUUUUCUGUUAGGGUUGAGUUUGGGUUGGUUUUUCUUUUUGAUCUUUUGGUUCUUUUUUUAGGUGUCUCCAGAUUUCUCUCCGUUUGUAAGGCUUCUCUUACCCCUGUGUGAGAGGUUCUGUUACUUUCUACUGUGCUCCACCUGUUUGGAGUUGAGGGUUUAGUUGGAGUUAGGUGUAGUCUUCGGACGGAAUCUCCUCCUUUUGAUUUCUUGAUCAUUGUUUAGAAAUUGAGUUUUCUCUUGAUGUUCUGUUCUCUUGAUCUAUAAUAUUAUUUGUUAUCGUUGUGGCA